GAAGAAGAAGAUACAUUGACAUCGACCAAUGGCAUUGCACGAUCUGGAAGCGGCAGCAAAACAUUUCAAUUUCAAAUUCAAACGGCUGCAGAGUUAAGGGUGAAAACAGGUAGAGUAGCCACCUAACGAGCUCACACACGUUACAGUACAGUCAGUAGCUGGAAGAUGAACAAGGAGAACACAUCCAAACUGCCAGUCAUGUCUGGAAAAAGGGUCCUCAGCACCGAGAGUAGUGUUGACUCACAACCUGCUCAAAAAAGGAUGAGGAAGGUUGAACCAGAGCCUGUCAAGGUACGGCAAGCAGUAAGUGUCAUUGGCUCCAAGAGGAUCCCUCCACCUAAGCGACCAGUAAUUGCCAAACCUAUCAGGCCCACAGGGGCAGCUACUGUGGCUGUUGGUCCCUCCAGGGGUGUCCAGAAGCAGCCGCUUGCCUCGGUCGCCAAAGGAGUCUCAGCAGGGGGGUCCAAACGGCCAGCAUGGGACCUGAAGGGGAAGGUGAGCGAUAUGGAGGGGAAGCUCAACAACUACCAGAGCCGUGUGAAGCUGGCGAAUCAGGAGAAUGAGGGGCUGAAAGAAACGGUUGCACAGAGCAAGCAGAAGCAGGCUGAGAUGGUGGCCGAGCUGAGUAAAUUACACAAACAGAUCAGCCAGUAUGAGGCCGAGCUGUCAGCCCUGUCUGGAGUCAAACAGCAGCUGGAGGAGGUGACCAGUGAGAAGAGCUCCCUGGAGAAGAGCCUGAGCAGCCUGCGAGCAGAGCACCAGGUCCUGCAGGGCCUCAGGGACGGCCUGGAGACAGAGCUCCACAACCUGCAGACCCAGUUCUCGGUGCAGAGCUCCAGCCUGUCUCGCUGCCAGAUCACCCUAAGGGACGCCCAGGAAAUGGUGCGUACCCUGGAAGAGACAGUGGCUCGGCAGACGGAUGAGCUCCAUGCUGGGGAGAUGGAGCGCAGGAAGCUCCACAAUUCCAUCCAGGAGCUGAAGGCAAGCAUCCGUGUGUUCUGCAGAGUGCGCCCCCCGUCGACUGGAGGUCAAAUGGACCACAUCCAACUCCCAGUCCAUGACAACAAGUCCAUGACUCUGGCCAAGACUGAAGAGUCCCACACAGGCCGUGGCAGUGAAACCCAGAAGAGCUACAACUUCAGCUUUGAUCGGGUGUUUGGACCCUCCUCCAGCCAGAAGGAGGUGUUUGAGGAGAUCAAUCUGCUGGUGCAGUCCGCAUUGGAUGGAUACAACGUCUGCUGCUUUGCCUACGGCCAGACCGGCAGUGGCAAGACCUUUACCAUGGAGGGGGAUGAGACAGAGACCAGCAGGGGCGUGAUCCCCAGGGCUGUCCAGCAGAUCUUCAAUGCUGCCAAGAGUCUCCGCCAGCAGGGCUGGGAGUACACUUUUACGGCCAGCUUUGUGGAGAUUUACAAUGAGACCCUGCGGGAUCUGCUCUACACGGGCAAGCCCAACAAGAGGCCUGAGCAUGAGAUCCGCAAGGUGAACAACAAUGAGGUCACCGUCACCAACCUCACAUACCAGAACGUCACCACUGAGGAUGAGGUGUGCAACCUGAUUGCGCUGGCCAAUCAGAAUCGCUCCACUGCCAGGACCCUCAUGAACGACCACUCCUCCCGCUCUCACUCAGUCUUCCAGCUGGACAUUGAGGGCGAGAACUCUGGGCGAGAUGUCAAGUGCAAGUCAUCUCUGUGUCUGGUGGACCUGGCCGGCAGUGAGCGUGUGCAGAAGAGCCAGUCACAGGGAGAACGCUUCAAGGAGAUGACAGCCAUCAACGGCUCUCUCACCAACCUGGGCAUUGUGAUUGGAGCUCUGGCCAACAAGGAUAGCUUCAUUCCUUUCAGGAACUCUAAACUGACAUACCUUCUUCAGGGGUGCCUGGGAGGAAACAGCAAAACUCUGAUGUUUGUUAACAUUGCCCCAGAAGUGGACAGCUUCGGAGAGACCCUCAACUCUCUGCGAUUUGCCAGCAAAGUAAACGACUGCGUGAUUGGAACGGCAUCUGCCAACCGCAAAUAAUAAAAUAAAAAGAUUGUAUUGUAUUGAAUGCAUUUUAUAACUACUAUUACCUAUUAUAAUUCCUUUUAAUACCCAUUACAUGCGCCUUUCAAUAAAUAAAGGUUCGUUUUUAUG